AGCACGCUAGAUAAACCCGCAUCGAUCCACGAGCUCUGCCUAGUCGUCCUGUACGAGCACCAUGUCCGACGCAUACACCUGGCUCAUUACCGGCACUUCGCGGGGGAUUGGUCUGGAAUUGGUGAGGCAGCUCAUCGCUGAUCCAUCCAACGUUGUGGUUGCAACGUGCCGGGAUCCAAACAACGCACCUGCACUGCAGGCACUGCAAAGCGAAGCGAAAGGAGAGCUGUACAUCAUACCGCUUGAUAUCGCAGACGAAGCGUCGAUCCGCAACUCGGCAAAGGUGGUCGGCGAAAUCCUUGGCUAUAGGGGACUCGAUUAUCUUUGGAACAACGCUGCAAUCAACGAGGGUGACGAUUCCGCUUUCAACUUCUCGUAUUCCGGGUUCCUAGAGACCUUGAAAGCCAACGUCGCAGGCCCGGCCCUUAUGGGGCAAGUGUACCUGCCGUUUCUCGAGCAGGGCAAGCGCAAGGUCAUCAUCAACACGAGCAGCGGUCUCGCUAGUAUUGGAAUUGACUUUGGAGCGAAGAACGCAACAUACAGUGUCAGCAAGACCGCUCUUAAUAUGAUUGCCUAUAAACAAGCAAAGGCACGACCAGACCUCAUUUCUUAUGUUGUCGAUCCUGGCUGGGUUAAGACAGAUAUGGGAGGCCCUGACGCAAUGAUGGAGCCUGAGGAGAGCGUGAGGGGACAGCUCAAGCUUGCUAAGUCUGCGUCUUCUGCAAAUUCCGGCAAGUUCUACAGGCAUAACGGCGAAGAGAUCGUUUGGUGAAGCGACGGCAGGGACAGAAUCCGCUACCUCUCGAGAUCCCCGCCUUAAAGGAUGCGCAUACAAGCAAUGACUUUGCUUUUCAUAUGAGACUUUCGGAGCAUCUGGAGGUGAAUUGGAAUAACAUCGAACAUCUUUCUCCACCUUGC